CGUGUUAGUGUGAGCGCCGUGUUAGCGUUGGUGUGCUGAGAAUCAGAGACAGGAUCAACUUAUACUGUUAAUUAAUUUGGUUUUUCUGAUCAAACCAGCGUACAGAAUGUCUGGGGCUAAAGACAGAAUGCGACACAAAAAAAUGCGAAAUCAGCCCAGUAACGUGACUUACUCUCAGUGGAGUGACAGCCCAGGACACACAUCAGGUUCUCAGCGGCAGUACAGUAGGAGGUCCCUUCAUGAUGGAGGAGUUCCAGAUGAGCACUCGAUUCCCAAGUACAUCACAGCAUCAUUCUUUGCAAAUGCGCGAGCUGCAGAAGUCAAAGCCAUGUUGAGGGCUGUCACAAAGACCACAAGUAGCUCCCAUGUCUUUGGAGCUUUGCCAAAGCAUAUGCGCCGACGAGCCAUGAGCCACAACACCAAGAGGUUGCCCUGCCGCCUGAGAGACAUGGCACAGAGAACGCUGGAGAAGAGUCAGCAGGCCGGAAAAAAGGAGCAGUCGAAGACCAAAAGUCGCCGUGCACGGCGCCGCCAUGGUAGCUUGUUGCUGGAAUUUAACCGACGGCAGCGUAAGAACAAAUGGUUAGAGACUCACAUCUGGCAUGCCAAGCGUUUUCACAUGCUGAAGAAGUGGGGCUACUGUCUCGGAGAUCGACCGACGUACAAGUGCUACAGAGCCAGCUAUAGAGCAAUGAAUUCUGGUUGUCUGCUGCAGGACCUUUCAUACUAUUGUUGCGUGGAGCUGUGCGGUCCAGAGGAACAAUUAUUGAGUGCACUCUCCAGGCUCACCAACAAAGAUGCAGGCCCAACGUUUGCAGCAGCAUCAUGCAUGUCAGGGCAGAAAGAGGGGAAUGUUGUGCUUUACAAGGCCGAUCAGUACCCUCACCAGCCCCUGGGCCCUGUGCAAUUCCUCUGGAGGCCCUGCAGUACUACAUCACCUCACAGACAGCUGUGGAUCUGGUUACAUCCUUCCCUAAAACAGGAUCUUCUUCCAGAAUUGCAGGCAGUGUGCCAGUGCUUUGAGGCAGUAGUUCCAGCUGCUGUAGAAGUGAUCCCGUCAGAGAAGCUGCCAGAGCCAAAUGCACCUUCUGACUUAAUCUCUAAGCCACGGUGUACCAAAAGAAAGCGUAAAGUGGAAGCUGGCGAUGAGAACGACUCCCCAGCCAAAAAAAUUGUGGGUGAUGGCACUCGAUCGCUUACGACUGCUGUUAGUUGGAUGUCCUGCAAGACUGAGAUUGUCAUCAGUGAUCUUACCAUGGACAUAGUACGGUAUCGUCUGAUUGGUCCUCUUUCCCACUCUGUGCUGACUGAGAUACUUGUUCCAGCAACUACAUGUGAGGAUAAUAUAAAAAUGGCUGCAUCUGCUUUUUGGUGGCCGGAGGAGUGCAAGAAAGGGGAGAGCAUGUCACUACAUCGCCAGCAAACAGAUGUUUUUCAGACUCUUAGCGGUAUAUGCUCUACAUCUGAGCUCCCAGCAGGGUGUGUACUGGGGCUGACGGUAGAUGACCCAAGAAUAUCUUUGUCUGCAAAACGUGGAAAAAUCACGCCUGACCUUUCCCGGACCCAAGGUGUUGAUGAGAAACAAAGAAGAGAUUUGACACUGAGCGGGGUCCCUCCUGUCUGUGCUCAGAGUUUUCUAUGGGACCGCUCUGUCCGAGAAAAUGUCACAAGCAACAAGAUUUCAGAACAGGAUCUGAACAGAAUGAAGAGAGAGUUGUUAGUUCCAGGCUCCAGGUUACAGACCCCUGCACAGAGCCGAGUGCCAAUUCUGCUGGUUAACCAGGCAGGGAAGCAGGUGGGAGAGGAGCGGCUUGGAUGGGGAUCCGGUUGGGACUUGCUAUUGCCAAAGGGAUGGGGCAUGGCAUUUUGGAUACCUUUGGUGUACUGUGGUGUGCGUGUUGGGGGUCUCCAGAUGAGUUUAAAACACUCAGAGAAUAAAAGCAUGCCUCACUUUCCUCAUGGUUACCCAGACUGCCCUGCAGGUGUCCGCUUCCAGGAGCAGCAGGAGAUCGAACUGCUGGAAAAGUUUAAGAGACACCCACCUUCCAAACGCACAAACUACAUCAAAUAUGGUUGCGUAGCUCCUUUCCGGUGCCCAUGGCAACAGCUGGUAGAGGAGUGGGAGGAGAGAGUGAAACAAGAUGAAGACAACCAAGACAUUACAUCACUUAAAAUGAAAGAUGAGCCAUUGCUUUCUGGGGAUCGCCCAGUCCCAGGAUCUGCCUUCACUGUGCUGAGGAGCCGUAAGGUACUGAGGCAGCUUUCAGGUUGGUGUCGGCCAUCUUCCCACACUCAGAGAGCGCGGAGAGGUUGCUCUGUCCCACCAUUGUGCCCUGUAGGCACCAUGUCUCUACAGGCAGUGUGGAAGAAGUGUGUGUUGUGGGUGCGUGUGUGUGCUCUCGGUAAGGGACAGCCUGCACGUCAUGCCAUGCUUUGUGUGCCCACCACGGAAGACCUGCAACACUUGAUUGAAGACCCACACUGGAGUGGUCCCAUGGAACCGCAGCACGCAGACCACCUAAAGCACCGGCUAAAGAGCAGGGGUAAGAAAGGUGACCCUGCACCAUGUUGUUCUGCUCCUAAGAAGAAACAAGAUUGCAACGUUCCUGAAAUGGAUGAUUCUAGUCAACACUCUGGGCCUUCUGUUGUGUUCAGAGAUCCUCUUCUUGAUCCCAGUGCGUUGGCUGCUACAGAUUCUGGCCAGGCCCAUGCGGAACCUCUUUCUUCUCCUGGGAACAGGAGCUCAACUGCAGUGCAAGGAUUGUGGACUGAGCAACUACCUAAUGUGUCCUCUCACUGUUCGCGUAUGACUCUAGGCUGGGUGGUGCAGGGUGAUUUUUCUCUAGCAACAGGAACUGGGGAGGCUUUGGGGUUUGUAAGCUUGGUGGGCCUCUUGCAAACACUUCUUGGCCAGUCAGCGGAUCAGAGGGGCAUUGUACUUCUUCGCAAUCCUACCUCCCUACAGUAUCGCUUUGCAAGACUCCAUAUAGAAGCCUGAAGCACUGCAUGAUCAUGGCAUCACUACUGUACUAAUGGACCACUGUGAAUAUUUGAACUUCAGAUUACUCUACCAACACAAGUUUACAUCUAAGCUCAUCGUUUUUAAUACAAAUAUGCAUUAAGCCUUGUUUAUUUCUGUUUGAUUUAAGGAACUAAAGGAUUAUAUGUAUUUAGUUUAUUUUUACCAUAUUUAUCAUAAGUUGAGGCCUAAAAUGCACUGCAAAUGAAUGAGCCAGUAAACCAAUGCUUCAUCGUUUGAUCAAACCUAAUUCCAGACCCCCUGUUUAUAAUUGAAAGAAUGCAUAUAUAGUUAUCUGGAUUUUUGGAGUUGAGUAGGAUCCCUGUGCCAUGUAGUGUUUUAAUUUAAUAUCACAACUAUUUAUUUCCUCUUCAUAAAGAGAAUUUAAACAGCUUGUAUUAAAAAAGGUUUAUUUGAUUAGUUGUUCAUAAAUAUAAGGCACCCCAUAAGAUCCCAAAGAUGUAUUUUAUUAUUAUUAUUAUUAUUAUUAUUAUUUUGUGAUUAAAAAGAUCUUGCAGGGGGGGUUGGGGGGUAUUUAUCUCGUGUGCAUGACUUGUUUUUUUGUAUAAGUUUAAAGGCAUGUUAGGUUGGGUUAUUUGUAUUGCCACUUUGUUGAUCUACAAGUAUACAUUGAUCAGCCAUUACAUCAAAACCCAAAACAUUAUUAUACUGUCUGGGUUGCUCUUGUUCUGCCUGUGCAGUCUGGCCCCUCAGGGAGUGACUCCACAAGACCUCUAGGGUAUGCUGUGGAGUCUUUCACUGGGAUGUUGGCGGCGGAUCAUUCCGGGUUGUGGGUUGGGGCCUCAGUGGAUUAGACUAUUUUGAACUUAGAUUUCUUGAAUCGGAAAAGUCAGAUCAAAACCUUUUACUCUUUGCAUGCUGUGAUGCAACUGGUGUUCUGAAAUUUUUCUAUCAUAACCAAAAUUGACUUGUUCAGCAAUAUGUGCUACAUUGUCUAUUCUGUGGGACUGGACUGCCUAGCCUAGCCUUUGGUCCCCACAGGCAUAGAUAAGCCUUGGCUGCCUAAGAUCCACCACUCACCAGUUUACUGGUAUAUAGUUGAUGAGCAAUGUUAUUCAAAUCACCUGGCAAGGGUGUUGGUGUUAUGACUGAUCAUUGUAUUGCAAACAUAAAGGCCUUCAAUUUUUUUUUUUUUUUUUUUUUUUAAGUUAAAAGCUUUGUGAUAAGAAGGUGAGCUUGAUCGCACAUGUUAACUUGUUUCCAGAAGAUUAAAAUUGUGUGCAGUAAAUGUAAUUUAAAAAAAUAAUAAUCUUAAGGCCUUCGUAUAAAAAUGCUCUUUAUGGUUGUUAUGCAAAAGUUUAAUAAUGACGGUAUCAAUUCUGUUGCUGCCAAAUCUAAUAAUAUUUUUAUAAAAAAGAAACACUGUAUAUUUUUCCUAAUUUACCUAUUUUUUUCUAGACGUUUCUUUUUUCAAGCGAGUUGCAUUUCUGGCUGAGAUUUUGGAUUGAUGAUGGGUUGUAAUCGCUGCAUUAUGUGGCAAUAAAAUGAAGUCAUCUGACUACCUGAAUGUACUAAAUAACUCGGUUAUUCCAUGAAUUCAUGUUUUUCUUUUCUGACUUAUUGCAUUAUGC